AUGGGUCCCAAAAGAAAACGCAGCAGACGUUCUACCACCACCUCCGCGGUAUACAAUCGAGAAGAUGCGGAUUUGGAGCUGUCUAGUAACGAUAAUACGAUCUUCAAGGUGGAUUCAUUCUACCUAAAAGCUCACAGUGAGGUAUUCCGCAAUAUGUUCACCGACCAACUAUUCACAAACUCGACUAUCCCUAUCGAUCUCUCGUCCAAAGAUCUGACAUGUCUACUUGACAUAAUGGUCAGUGGUGAACCGCCAGAAAAAGCUUUGUCGCUCAAACAAGUCAAGACGCUUUACGCGUUCUGUGAUCAAUAUGAAUGUCCAUUCAUUCGUCAACUGAUGAUAUCACAAUUCAAGAAAGUGGCGGAUAUCGAACCUUGGGAUACGUUCAUAUUGGCAAGUCAACAUAAAGAUGUUGAUCUGGCUAAACAAGCCAUAAAAUCGAUUGCUAAAUUCAAGGAUAAGCAUUUGAUUUCAGCUGGUAACAUGCCACUUAGCAUGGCCGAGACAAUCGACAUAUCGUUCUUGUUACCUUUAUUGGAACAGGUGCAGGCUCACUCUGCGCAAAUCUACACCAUUGUGAAUGGGUAUGCAGAAGGUCAAGUGAGGGAAGUUUGGGCGAAGAUAGCAAAGGAUUUCCAGCCGAGAGAAUGA